UUUGAGCUACCCAUACACCCGCGCGCGCCUCAAACGCUAGGCGAGGGAAGGGAACGAUCGAUUUCCCAGCUGACAACCACACGCAGAGGUAGGCGAGUACCAAGAGGCAGCAGCCAUGCGUCCGUGCCUCCUCCUCCUGAUCGUCGUCGUAGCCGGCGUCUUCGGCCGCGCGGCGCGGGCGGCGCCGCCGGUGGGGGAGAAGCUGACGCCACAGUACUACAGCCAGACGUGCCCGCGGGCGGAGCGGAUCAUCGCGGAGGUGGUCCAGUCGAAGCAGAUGGCGAACCCGACGACGGCGGCGGGCGUGCUCCGCGUCUUCUUCCACGACUGCUUCGUCAGCGGGUGCGACGCGUCGGUGCUGGUGGCGCCCACCUCGUUCGAGAAGUCGGAGCAGAACGCGGAGAUCAACCACUCGCUCCCGGGCGACGCGUUCGACGCCGUGGUGCGCGCCAAGCUGGCGCUGGAGCUGGAGUGCCCCGGGGUCGUGUCGUGCGCCGACGUCCUGGCGCUGGCGACGCGCGCGCUCGUCACCCUCACCGGCGGCCCGCGCUACCCGAUCCCACUCGGCCGCAAGGACUCGCUGUCGUCGUCGCCGACGGCGCCCGACAAGGAGCUCCCGCACUCCAACUUCACCGUCAACGAGCUGAUCAACAUGUUCGGCAAGAAGGGGUUCUCGGUGCAGGAGCUGGUGGCGCUCUCCGGCGGCCACACGCUGGGCUUCUCCCACUGCAAGGAGUUCGCCGACCGGAUCUACGACUUCCAAGGCAAGCCCGGGAGCGCCGACCCGACCAUGAACCCGGUGCUCACCAAGGGGCUCCAGGUGGCGUGCAACCUGUUCCACAAGGACCCGACCAUCGCCGCGUUCAACGACGUGAUGACGCCGGGCAAGUUCGACAACAUGUACUUCGUCAACCUGAAGCGAGGGCUCGGCCUGCUCAGCACCGACCAGGAGCUGUGGACGGACAAGCGCACCAAGCCCUUCGUCGAGAUCUACGCCUCCAACGCCACCGCCUUCUUCGACGACUUCUCCCGCGCCAUGGAGAAGCUCAGCCUCUACGGCGUCAAGACCGGCGCCAACGGCGAGAUCAGGCGGCGCUGCGACUCCUACAACAACGGGCCCAUGCCCAAGUGAUGCGAUCCAUCACCCAUCACCCGCGUUACGACGACGACGACGACGUAGAUCAUCUAUAUACAUAAUUAUAAGUGCGUCUCGCUAAAUUAAUUAAUUUGCAUGAGUUCUUUGUGUUCAUCGUUGGUGUGUUAAUUUUCGUGCACAAGCUAGAAACGUGUUGAAUUUCCAAUUCGAUUCAGUAAUUUAAUUAAUUUCUGCUCUGACAAAAAUGAAAGUCACCUUAUGUG